AUGUUGCCGGAAAGAUGGAGUGUCCUCGCCGGUCGAAGUAGAUGGUCGGAUAUGGUGUUGUCGCCGGUCGGAGUAGGUGGCCGGAUGUGGAAGUUGGCGGAUAGGGUCAUCACGUUCGAGUUGACUCCACUCGAGUGCAGAAAACGAGCCUACGAGCUUGUGCACGACAAGACAGCAUGGCAGACAGGUGUUAUUACAGGAAAAGAGAACUAUACUUCAAAAGACAUAUGGUCUGGGAGGAUACCUAGGGUAUGGGGCAGUCCUUGGCGUAGCAUGCAACCAACCACCGAGAUUAACAGGACCUUGAUUGUUCGUCAUCGGAAAAUGGAUCGUAGAUGGUGGCAAGCUCAGGCUAUACGGUACCUGAUGAGGUUUCAGACCGAGUACACGUGCGGCAUUAUGAACAAGGCCCGCCACAGUGCCUUUGGACGUGAAGCUGCAAACAUGGUUCUCGAGUUAUCCUCUGAGAAUCUGAGAAGAAAUGAGCAUGAUAUGGAAAAAUUCGUGUGGUCUAAUCACAACCUUUGGGUCCCUCGGCCAUUAUUGAGCAUUCACGUCAGGAUGGGAGACAAGGCGUGUGAGAUGACCUUUUCGGAUUUGAAGAAUAAUGCGUUUGGCGAACAAAGUCCGGGCGCGCUUCCCACACUUCAAGAAUGUGUGGCUUUCUACCGAAAUGCAGGUCGCGAUGUGAUUAAUAGAUCUAAAUCCUACGAGUGGCACCAUAAAUUUUACUACACGAACGUGAAGCGACAAACGGGGAACAUGUUGAUGGCAGCUUACGAAUCGAGCCUCGGUCGAGAGACGAGCAGUAAUUACCCACUUGUGAACUUCUUGAUGGCGACAGAGGCCGAUUUCUUCUUAGGUGCAUUGGGUUCGACAUGGUGCUUUCUGAUAGACGGGAUGAGAAGCACGGUGGGAAACUCAUGUCCGAUUACUUGAGCAUGAACAAAGACAGUUUUGGUAGCACUAUCACUAUGCAUAUAGCGAAAUGGUCGAGCAAAUGCAUGAAGAACAUGUAUGUAUCAGAUGAUCUCAGAUGAAGAUAAUCCACAUAACAGAGGUUUGUAAGUUACUAUGUUAAGUUCUUAUGUUUAUGUUGUAAAUAAUGGCAGAGGUUGGUUGGUAAUCACAUUUUAUGUUUUUUCUACAUGUUAACUGGUACAUUUGAGUAAUUUGUGAAUAGUAAUUUGGGUCUUUUGCCAGACAUGACUUGCUAAAU